AUGUACCAGGCUGCGACCAACACUUGGCCGGACUUCACUUUGCAAGCUAAACAUCACAAAUUUAGGCUUCGAAUUCACUGUCAGGAUUUCUUUCCUCUUUUGCACCUGGCCCUGCUGACACGCUUGGACACUGGCGAGACGUCAAUUUCUAGCGCGAUUCAGCGUGCCCGCACUAUCCAAACGCCCUCAACGACCCAGUUGCUUGACAGCUCCUCUCUUUGCCACCAUACUGACAAGCUUCUCGCGUCUAGGCGUAUCACACUCAACAUUUGGGAUCGCAAAGCGGGGGAUCAGGAUACCCUUCUGACCCUCGAAAUCUUCCCCGACAUGACGCUCUCUACGCUGCGCGAGUCGAUCCAGGCUGAGGCCAAGGUGGCGCCCGAUACUCAGCAAAUCUACCACAACGGCCGAGCUCUCAACGAGGAUACAAAGACGAUGGAGCAGCUGCAAAUCAAUGAUGGGGAUAUGCUGGCUGUCCACGUGCGCGAGAAGCGACCAACCCCCAACCCUCAGGCACAGGCUGCUCGACCGGCGCCAUCUCAACCCCGGGCUCAGGCCAGUGCCGGAGCAAACGACCCGGAGAUGAUUCGUCUGCAGGUCCUUGGCGACCCGAAUCUGCGGCAGCAGCUGCAGCGCCAACACCCAGAGCUGGCGGCCGCUGUGGACGAUCCCGCGCGCUUCGCUGCCAUCCUCAGUGAAAGCCAGGGCCGCGAGCAGAGAGAGCGCCUCGAAAGACAACGGCAGAUCGAACAGUUGAACGAUGACCCAUUCAACGUCGAAAACCAGAGGAAGAUCGAGGAGAUGAUCCGUCAAGAGCGUGUCAUGGAGAACCUGCAAAAUGCCAUGGAGCACAACCCCGAAGUCUUUGGAAGAGUGCAUAUGCUGUACGUCGAUGUCGAGGUCAACGGGCACAAGGUCAAGGCAUUUGUAGACUCUGGCGCCCAAGCGACCAUCAUGUCGCCCUCGUGCGCGGAGGCGUGCGGAAUUAUGCGCCUCAUCGACACGCGCUUUGCUGGUGUCGCCCGCGGAGUGGGCACGGCCAACAUUAUUGGCCGUGUGCACUCUGCUCAGAUCAAGAUUGGCGCGAUGCAUCUGCCCUGCAGCUUCACUGUCAUGGAGGGCAAGGGCAUGGACCUCUUGCUCGGUCUUGACAUGCUGAAGCGCCACCAGGCCACUAUUGACCUUGCCAAGGACAAGCUGGUUAUCCAGGGCGAGGAGAUUCCCUUCCUGGGCGAGGCCGAGAUCCCCAAAGAGGAGGAAGCCAACCAGGACGAACCCACCAUUCCUGGCCCUGCGGGAACCACUAUUGGACAGAGAUCGGGUGCCAUCGAGCCUCCAAGCGCAGGACCCUCCUCUGCGCCGCACGCAAGAGCUGCUGGCGCGGCUGGUGUACCGCCGACAUCUGCUGCGACGACAACGGCUGCCACGCCUGCGCCUGGGCCUGUAUCCGCGCCGGCGCCAGCGACCGCUCAGCCUGCUGCCGCCGGACCGGCCUUGCUGCCUCAACAUAUUGAGACACUAAUGGGCAUGGGCGCCUCGAGAGAGCAAGCGAUCCAGGCUUUGCAGGCCGCCGAGGGCAACGUGGACGUGGCUGCGGGCAUCAUCUUCUUCUAG